CUGAACGGUUCAGCGGCGGACGGUGUGCGUGUGCUCGAAUCUUGUGCCUGUGUACUGAACGCGCUCCAGUGUGUGUCUCUGUUUCUGCGCCUGCGCCUGUGUCUGUGUUUGCUUCUGCCAGCAGCGAUCGGACGGAUGACGAGGAUGAGCGGAUGAGCGGAUGAUGGCCGAAAGUGUCUGCGUCGCCCCCAGAACCAACAGCUUCACUCGGCAAACUCGACAAACCAGCCUGAAGCACUAGACGCCUUUGCCGAAUACCCGUAAAUUCCGCGCCAAGUGAAAUUAGAAGAGGAAAAGAAAAGUGACAAACUCAACAGGUCCCCCCGAAACCAGUCGGAAGACACACACAUACACAGAGCCUGAGCCACAACGGCGGCACUAUGUAUCGGCCAAAUUUCUACGAGUCGACUUGCCUGCGGUGCAGCGAGACCGUCUAUCAGGUAGAUCGUGUGGGGCCGCUCAAGGAUUUCACAUUCUUCCAUUCCGGUUGCUUCAAAUGCGUGCACUGCGGCACCAAGCUGACGCUCAAGACGUAUUUCAAUAAUCAGCACAAGCAGGAUGACAAAGAGGUAUAUUGCAGUUCACAUGUACCAAAGAGCGGACCCGGCCAUCUCGACCAGACCUCCGUGGGCAUUCGUCAGGCCCUGAAUGCGCCGCGCACCAACAAAUUCGUGAACGAACAGAUCCGGGGCACACGGAGCGAGAUCGAUGGUGGACCCUUGGGUGGUUCGCGUCAGUCCACACCCAAUGGCUACGGUGGCCGGGAUGUGAGCUCUCCGUCGCAGAACGACUCCGACUACAAAUACGGGCGCUUUGAUGCCAGUGCUCUUCACAUUGCCCACGCCCUCAAGCAAACGGAGAUCCAGAAGGCCUACAAUAAGGCACGCGAGAAGCCCAUCGAUUUCUACCUGGCUCGAGAGGAGCAAGCUCACCUCGAGAUGAAGCACCGCAAGGAGGAGGACGAUUUGUACCGGAAGUUUGCCCGCAAGCGAGAAGAGGAGGAUCGCAAGAUCCAGAACGAGUUCCAGGACGAGUGGGAGCGCGAGCUGCAACGGCUCACCCACAAGUUUGAGAAGGAGCUGGCCACCUCUCGUCGCAGCCGGGACGAGGCCAAUAUCCUCACACUGCGCCACGAGCAGCAGAAGGAGGACCUCGAGAAGAACAUGACCCUGCGGCGCAGCAAGAAGAAGGAGAGCAUCACCCGCAAGAUGCUGGAGCACGAGCGGUACGAGACCGCCGCCCUGGUGGAUCGCCAGUCCAGCGAGAUGCUGGAGCUGAUCAGUGCCCGGCGAUCGGAGUACAUGCAGAGCGAGAGCAUCUUCCUGGACGACGAGUUCAGUGAGGGUGCCGUGCCCAUUGAAUAUCCGCUGAAUGCCCCGGUUCCAGCACCGCCGGCAGUUAGCAAAUUCCAGAUCUACACCGAUCCCAUUGAGUUCGAGGAUGUGGACCGCAUUGCCAUCUCGGUGGCCCAGGAAGAUCAGAAGACGUUCACAGACCUGGUGCGCCAGCUAGUAGGACGCUGCACCACGGACAUCGAAAAGGCUCGCACCAUCUUCCGCUGGAUCACAGUCAAGAACCUGAAUGCCAUGCAUUUCGAUGACGACUUGCGGGGUGACACACCUAUGGGUCUGCUGCGAGGCAUAAAAUAUGGAACGGAGAGUUACCAUGUGCUGUUCAAGCGCCUCUGCAGCUAUGCCGGCCUGCACUGUGUGGUCAUUAAGGGUUAUUCCAAGAGUGCCGGCUAUCAGCCGGGAGUCAAGUUCCAGGAUUCGCGCUUCCGCAACUCCUGGAAUGCGGUCUAUGUGGCCGGAGCCUGGCGAUUCGUCCAAUGCAACUGGGGAGCUCGCCACCUGGUCAAUGCCAAGGAGGCUCCCAAGCAGGGACGCGGCAAGAACGACAGUCUGCGCUACGAGUACGAUGACCACUACUUCCUCACCGAUCCGCGCGAAUUCAUCUACGAGUUCUAUCCGCUGCAGGAGGAAUGGCAACUGCUUAAGCGUCCAAUUACCUUGCGCGAGUUUGAGAACCUGCCCUUUGUCCGCUCCCUCUUCUUCCGUUAUGGUCUGCACUUUGCGGACGAAGGAUACGGAGCUGUGGUCUUUACCGAUGACACUGGAGCGGCCACCGUGCGCAUUGCCAUGCCCACAGACAUGCAGAGCUGCCUGAUCUUCCACUACAAUCUCAAGUUCUACGACAGCGAUGAGGAGCUCUCCUAUGACGGUGUCUCCCUGAAGAGAUUCGUGAUGCAGUCGGUCAUUGGCAACAUUGUGGCGUUCCGGGUUCAUGCGCCUUGCUCUGGAGCCUUUCUGCUAGAUAUCUUUGCCAAUGCGGUCACGCCGCAGGAGUACCUUACCGGAGAACCCAUGAAGUUCAAGUCGGUGUGCAAAUUCAAGAUUUGCUGCGAGGAGCUGCAGACAGUUAUGGUUCCACUGCCGGAUUGCGCCAGCGGAGAGUGGGGACCGACGAAGGCCACCCGACUGUUCGGGCUCAUACCCAUCACGCAUCAGGAUCCGCUUAUCUUUGCCGGACGCAGCCUGGACCUGCAAUUCCGCAUGUCCCGUCCGCUGACAGAUUUUAUGGCCACGCUGCACAAGAAUGGCAUCGAGGAGAAGAAGCUGGCCAAGUAUGUGACUCACAGCACGCUGGACGACAUUGUCACGUUUAUCAUUAACUUCCCCGAGGAAGGCCAAUAUGGUCUCGACAUAUACACGCGUGAAUUGGGCGCCCCCCAGCACCAUCAUCAGCAUCACAAUAACAACAACUCCUCAUCGUCCUCCGGCGAGAAACAUUUGUUGACGCACUGUUGUAAAUAUUUAAUCAACUCGUCGAAGCGGAAUUAAAACGGCUGCUGAGCGGACGCUGGAAUGGAUACGGGAAAGGAAGGAUGGUCAGAUGGAUGGAUGGGUAGAUGGAGGCAUUCUAAGCAAACACACAAACAAAAUGCAAUAUUAAUUAUAGCCUACGCUUAAGCGGAAACUUAACAAACGUUUACCACAUCACAAAAUUAGGCAGGUGCUAAAAGUACAACCCUGGACGAAAAAUCUGGCGAAUCCCUGGUCACACGAGGACAUUGAAAAGGAACAUUGAUUUUGCUCAACCACAAUCGGAACUUGUAAAUACUCUAGAUUCUAAUCAUUAGACCUUAAAGAUGCCUAGUAAUACCAACCCUGAAAGCAGCUCUUAAUUAACUUGUACACAUCUACUGAAUAAUGCUUAAUAAUUUAUUAUAUAAAACGCAACGUUGCCCCUUAUGCAUCAACUUUUAUACAUAUCGUGUAUGCCUACGACGACCUUGAAUUAAAAUGUUUAAUGUUUUUUUUGUUUAAGCGUUCAUAAAAUAAUGUGAAUAAACCCUUAUACAAUAGUU